CUUUAUUUCCUUGAGCAGGACUUCAAUAUAGCAGCUCUAUGGCAACCACCCUGUUUACUGGCUGGCAUUUGCAACUUUCUGAACUGCACCUAGCUUCUGGGAGAUCAAAAGAAACAGAAAUGCAUCCUGUUUGCUGUGUGCCAACCUGUAUCUUAUUAAGCCUGACAAAUGGAUAUUUUCUUAAAGGAUCUCUUGGAGCCUUCUCAGAGGGACAUAUUCAAUCACUUGACACGGAUGAAAACAACCAUGGCAGUCCCUUUUAAGAGUGCAUUGAAAGAUCGGGCUUUGGUAUCAAGCAAUAUUGGCAUGCCACCGCAUCUGAUCCACCGCAUCCAGUAUCCAGCCUACACUAGUCACACAUCUCCCGUGGUCAAGAAGCUUGCGGAGCAGGACAAAUUGAGAAUUUCCAAGUUGCUGGCAGCACCUCGGAUAAGCAUUCAAGGACUGAGCAGCAGGGAAAGCAGCCUUUCUCACAUCCCCCAGCAGAAGCGCAGCUACGGGUCUCAAGACGUAGGUGUGGCUGCUGAACAAAGUCCAGCAGUGUCACGAUUCAGCAUAGCAACGAGUCCCCUUUACGUUAGCAGGGAAUUCUUUGAUGGUGGCCUGGUCCCCAUAAGCAGCUUUUCCCCAGAGGGAGCCUUAGCGCCAGGUGUUGGUAACUGCCAUGCUGUGACUCAGAGCCAGACGCUGACCUCUUGAACGAAGAACUGACCUUCCAUUGACUGAUGACUGAGCGGAGGUAAGGAUUCCCUUUGCCCACCUUGGGGAUUCCUAAAUCUCAGGAGCAGCCUCUUCAGAGCUGCUUUUGAACCAUCUUCUAGAGGGGCCUUUGGAUUGGCUUCCAGUCUGAGUGCCAGUGGAUGAGCCCCAGUAGACUCAAGGGAAGAAGUCAAGCAAGUCCCCCCAGGCCUCAAGGAUACUGAUGUCUAAUGACUCCAGUCCAGGCCACACGCCCAUGAUGAAGUGUGCAACUGAGAGCCUGCGGUAAGUUGACAUGCGACUCAGGAUCUAUGUACGCUCCCAAGUAGGAAAUCUAAAUACAGUGCUACAGCAGGCUUGGCCCUCGUCUAAGGGAAGAGACUGGGCCACACUUAAGGGAAGAAAGUACAGUGUCCAUUCUCUUUGUCAUUCAUAAAUUAACUUUGCUCUCAUGAACUGAGUUCUGGGGAGUAAUCAACAGGUAAAGUUUCACAACCACCAAAUAACACAAUUGCCACUGUUUUUAUUUUAUUGCUCCAGCCUGUAAGUGUCCAGUAUCAGGAUGUGAAGCCAGUUCACUUUCGAGCCAAAGAUAUUUGGAGUUGGAUAUUCUUUCUGGAUAUUCUCCGGAUGUUUGCAUUUGACACCCACAGAUAUGCAGUUUCAGAAUCUGAUAUCUGACAGUUAAUAUUUUGGCUUAUUUUGACUGUUGGCAUGCAAUGCAGUACUAACAGCUAGUGUACAUCACUUAGCAAAGGAAAAUGGGAACUGGUGGACGAAUAACAGUCUCUCAGUUGUUCUCCCUAUGGAACCUGCUAAGCUUCCAAACAACCCAAAAAUCCCCAGACAAUAUACCAUAGGUUGUAUCCUGCUUAGCUGUAUUUCAUGGUGAUAAUGCAGUAGUAAAAAGGUAAAGGGACCCCUGACCA